AUGGUGAAUUUCAAAUUGUUCCUCUCUGUAUUUUCUAGACAGUGCUGCUGCCAGUAUCCUGACGAAAACCAGCAAGAACCUUUACCUCCUGAGUCCCAUCAAACAAAGCCUUCUUCAAAUUUUAUCGCCUUACCACUUGAAAAUUCAGGGCAGCGGCAAGAGCAAAGUUUGCUGUCUUCAGGGUCACUUAUCUCUGAAAACGAAAUUCUGACUGGGCCGAAAAUGAAGUUUAUAAUCGUUGAAGGAAACUCUCUCCCAAAGAACACAGAGUAUAGGAUUAAUCCAGGUGGUUACGAAGGAUCCACAAGAACACCUAAGGAUGGCCUGGUCUAUUUUGGGAAUUCCUCUGAAAAAAGCGAUAUAGUCAUUCACGACUCCGAAGCUUCAGAAAACAAUCAUAUGGUGGUCAGAUAUGAUGUCCAGAAAAAAAAGUAUUUUUUAAAAGACCUGGGAGAGGAUUAGGUUAGGUUAAUUAAAGUCUAGCGUUAGCCAUAUUGGUGACACAGCUGCCGAAGACCUCUCAUACGGAAGGUUCAACCGCUUUUCAACUCCAGCCCAAAGGGUCUAUACCCCAAUAAUGGUACCACUUCUGUCACCUUAUGUCUCCGCUUUGACUUGAGGCUUCAGUCUUGAAUGGGCGGCUUAUAGAUUUCUGCGGUCCUGCUACAGGCGAUUGGAUUAGCUUGAUUCCAAGGAUCAACUCCUUGGAGUGUGUAAGGUGUCGAAGUGCCUUCCUUCGACAGCUCAGGAAAAAAGAUUGCUUCCAGCGGCCUUGGCCAGUUCGCUGUAGCCAUAAGAUCUGGCUGUUGGGUCAGAGCAGGUUGGCACUUGUCGCAAUUUAAUGUAUGUGGCCUGGGAGAAGGAACUGGGACAUUUGUAAAAAUAACGAAGCCUUUUUCGCUUAAAAAUGGAAACGUUGUGUCGUUUGGGGAAUCACAUAUGCUUGUGCAGUUGAAUUCUGCUAAUUCUGAUAUUUCUUUGAAAUUUUUAGAGGGGCCGAAAGCUGAUGAAGUUUUGUCGUUUACCCCGGAUGACUCGGAUAUUCAAAUUGGCCGAAUUCAAGACUGCAAAGUAGUGUUCAAUGACUCAAGUCUGUCGAGAUACCAGCUUAUUUUGAAGUUUCAAGAUCAGGUUGGGUGGAUACUUGAAGAUGGAAAUGGGGUUAAAGGAUCGACCAACGGAACCUGGCUUUUUGCUGAAGAUUUCUUUGAGAUUCAUGAUGGAUUAUUAUUUAAGGUUGGACAGACCUUGUUUUUGGCUAAAACAGUGGAAGCCAGCAUGAGUUAA